AUGUAUCUAUCUAUCUAUCUAUCUAUCUAUCUAUCUAUCUAUCUAUCUAUCUAUCUAUCUAAUACUAAAAUCCAGUUUCUUUUUCUUUCUAUUCUUAUUUAUAUCUACCUCCCUUUCCUUUCUUCUUUUUUCUUUUUUUUCCUUUUCCUUCCCUCAUCCCAUCAUAUUUCUUUCUGUUUUCUUUCUUUUUUUUCUCUUCUCGCUUCAAUUCAUUCAACUUUUCUUAUUCUUUUUUCUCGUUCCGUUUCUCAUUUUACUCUCUUCUCUUCUGUUUUUUUUUCUCUUUCCAUUGUGUUUCUGUUUUUCUCUUUUCCCUUUUUCUCCUUUUCCUUCCACCCCCACCUCCUUUUUUCUUUAUCUUUCUUUUUCUUUACUAGAUUUGUUUAUCUUCUAGCCCGCGUCUUUGCAAAAUCUUGCAUUCGCGUUGGAGCUUCCAUAUCACCAGCAACGCUUUCUACCACCGCCUUCUCUUGUAUGUCGAUUGUUCUUCCUUCCUACUUCGAAUUACUUCCGCGACCAAUCGAAGCCUAUCUCAUUGCUUUCAAAAUGCUUCAAGGCAGAGUUCAAUCCUGUGGUGCUAUCUUCAAUUCGAUUCUCAACAGCUCCCCUUCAGAUACAAUGCCACACCCACUGCCACAAUUACAAUUUAUCCAUCGCACCUUUUCUUUCUUUCUAUCUAUCUAUCUAUCUAUCUAUCUAUCUAUCUAUCUAUCUAUCUCUAUAUAUAUAUGUCCACUGCUUCCUCAGAGAUUACAUUUGUUAUUAACCAAAUUUACCUCAGCCUUUUCCCUCUUUUUCUAUCUCUUAUUCUUUUUCUCCUUCACCCUCUCGCUCUCUCUUGUUCCCUCUCUCUUUCUCUUUCUUUCCUGGCCUUCUCUUUACCUCUCCCCCCCUCUCUCUCUCCUUCUUGCUUUCUAUUUCACUUUCUGCUUCUCUCUCUUGCUUUUUACUGUUAACUAUCUCUCUCACUCCCUCUUUCUUUUUUCUCUUUAUCUCUGUCACUCUUACUCAUUCCUUCACUUUGUCUUUCGUUCUUCUUCCCUCCACUUUUUUCUGAUCUCUUUCUCUUUCGAUCAUUGUUUAUUUCUUAGUCUCCCUCUCUAA